AAAAAUGGUACUACCACCACUCUGUUCCACCUCGGUUGACUCUGCUUCUCGGGAUUCUUUUGGUGGUAGCUGCUACUACUAACAAUGGCGGAGAAAAGCAAGAUUCUCGUGAUCGGCGGCACUGGCUACUUCGGAAAAUUCAUAGUGGAGGCCGCCGCCAAAGCCGGUCACCCUACCUUCCUCCUUGUCAGAGAGGCCACUCUGUCUAACCCCGCAAAAUCCAACAUAAUCCAAAACUUCAAAAACAUGGGAGUCAAUUUUUUGAUUGGAGAUCUUUAUGAUCAUGAGAGCUUGGUGAAGGCUAUAAAGCAGGUGGAUGUGGUGAUAUCAGCAGUAAGUCGUCAUCAGUUAGCAGAUCAGGACAACAUUAUUGCUGCAAUUAAAGAAGCCGGAAAUGUUAAGAGGUUCUUCCCUUCAGAAUUUGGAAAUGAUGUGGACCGCACACAUUUUGUUGAGCCAGCAAAAUCAGCACUUGGGAGAAAAGUAAAAAUCCGCAGAGCUGUUGAGGCUGCUGGUGUUCCAUACACUUUUGUGUCCUCCAACUCAUUUGCCGGCUAUUUCCUCCAAACAUUCUCACAAAUUGGAGCUACAGAACCCCCUAGAGAUAAAGUCGUCAUUUUUGGGGAUGGAACUCCUAGAGCUGUUUUCAACAAGGAAGAAGAUAUUGCCACAUACACUAUCAAAGCUGUGGAUGAUCCAAGAACCUUGAACAAAAUCCUUUAUAUCAGACCUCCGCUUAACACGUAUUCAUUCAAUGAUCUCGUGCCUUUGUGGGAAAGGAAGAUAGGCAAAACCCUUGAGAGGAUCUAUGUUUCAGAGGAACAACUGCUGAAGAAUAUCCAAGAAUCUGCCGCCCCUCUCAAUGCGAUGCUCUCAAUGAGACACUCCGUGUUCGUGAAAGGAGACCAGACCAAUUUUGAGAUUGAACCAUCAUUUGGAGUUGAGGCUUCAGAGCUCUACCCUGAUGUUAAAUACACUACUGUGGAUGAGUACCUAGAUCAGUUUGUAUGAUUCUUGUGCAUUAGUUAAGCUUUGUAAUCUUAAAAAAUUAGGUGGUGUUGGUUCAUGUUUCUAGUGUGCGCUACAGUUGAUUCUCAUUUGCUUGUGUGACUUCUGUAGAUUCUGUAAGAUUACAUCCAGCUACAAUGUCCAUUAACAAAGAGCCUGAACAGAA